CUCAUUUCCUCAGCCACUCAUUCAUUUACACAGUCGCCCAUUCCCUCUGUCAUUCAUUCCCUCAGUCAGUCAGUCAGUCAGUCACAAAAUCACACAUUUUCUUAGUUGUUCCCUCACACAAUCAUUCAAUCACUGGCUCACAAAAAAUAAACAAACAAACAACCUAAACAAAUUAUAAACAAUAUUAUAAAUCAUAAACAAUAAUGUCCUGUAAGUAGGUCCAGACUUCAGUAUUUUACUUUCAGAUCUACAUCACCUGCAUACUAGCUUUAGGGUAGUUACUGGAGAAUUAAUAGUAGCUACUAGUUAAUAAAUUUUAAGAUUAGAAAGUGAAUAAUAGUUGAGAGGUUAAGGGGUAUAACACGGCAAAUGAAGGGUCCAUUAAAAAGAGCUGGGUAAGCUUUUAUCUCCCCUGUUGGUUCACACAUAGCUCACACAAGAGGAGUUCAAGUGAGCCCACUUUGUCACACGCGCAGGAGUGUGCAGUCAGUCGCAACUCACAAGGGUCCAAGCACCUGUGUCACCACUGUGCUACUCCAUCAAGGCCAAUCAGAGUCUGGCUGCUGAGGACGAGGAGGCUCAGAGCCGUGUGUGCUCGCUCUCCCCUCACUCUCCCCUCUCUCGCCCCUUCACUUGCACUGCUGGGGAUCAAUGGCAUGGUGGGCGCUCCUCUCCCUGCCCACCACUCUCCUCAUUAUCCCCCCAUCCCGCUGCUCGCCGCCUAUGAAUAGUCAAUAACAAACAAGCGGGAAGGAAAUGAGGGAGCAGAUGAAGGCGGCCCCGCCGAUUGAUGUGUGCGGUGUUUGUGGAGAGCUGCUUUAUUCAGGUGGACAGACUUCACUCCACUGGAGGAUUAUCCUUUGAUCGCUUUCACCUGCUCUUUUUCUCUGGAAAAAGGAUCUCUUUAUUCUGGUUUAUGGUUCCUGGGCUUUUUAAAACUUGAUCAAGAAGGACAUUUUAUUGAUGGACCCACUACUUUGACUGCUUAAGUUGGGCUUGAUGUUAACCAACCUCUUGUGCUUGGUGGAGUGUCUUGGGACACAGUGAGGGACCUGGAUUCAGGAGGAGAGAAGUGCUUGUCUAUUGUCCAAUCAGUCCGUAGCCAGUGCUUUGGAGAGUGCCGGACACAGUGGAGCGGCUGGGAGGAUGUUCCUGUGGGCUGGAACCAAAGGAGCUCAGAGACCAAACGAAAGAAGAACCAUUUAUCAGAAGAUCAGGGAGUAUGACAUUCUGGACAAGAGGAAGACUGUGACCGCUCUGAAGGCUGGUGAGGACAGAGCCAUUUUCCUGGGCCUCAGCAUGAUCUUCUUUUCUGUCAUGAUGUACUUUGUCCUGGGCAUCACAAUGGUGCGCUCUUAUUCAGACAGUGUGUGGACGGAGGAGUCGAGUUGCACAGUGUUAAACUCUAGUAUAAUUGCUGAGAUUAACUGCAGCUACAGCUGUGGUGCAGAGUGUUGGAAAAGCUCCAGAUAUCCAUGCCUGCAGGUGUACGUCAGCCUGAACUCUUCUGGCCGUGUCCUGCGACUCUCCCACAAUGAGGAAGCCCAGGAGGCCAACCCCGAGUGCUUCUAUGUCCCUAAGUGCCGUAAGGAUCACGCGAUGAUGCACACCUUGGUGCUGAACAUCUCAGAGCGGCUGAAGAUGCAGCACCAGGUGCCGUGCUACUACGACCCUGCCGAGCAGCAGGACAGCGUGCUGUUGACCCGUCUUUAUGGCAGUAGCGCUAUAUUUUCCUCACUCCUGUGGCCCACAUGCACACUCGUGAUGGGCACGCUCAUUGUCGCCAUGGUGAAGCUCACUCAGUACCUCUCCAUCCUUUGUGAACAGAUAAGCCGCAUUAAAAGGUGAGCCGGCCUGGUCCGGCUGAAACAGCCUGCUGUUUGGUCUGGCAAUCAUGACACAUGCAAUGGAAAGAGAGAGCAAAUAGAGCACAAACAAAUCUCUAACUGCUGUAUUCGUCACAGGACUGGUCUUUCUCCACUUGCAGAUGCCUUGCCCUCCCUGGACAGUGCCAAAAAGGGCAACAGCAUGGUUUGAAAGGUUAAAGGUCAAAGAUGGUGGACAGUUUCCUCUGCCAAUCUCAGUUUUCUAUACCUUCAAAAGAAGAGCAAUCAUAUGAGAUGUGUGAUCUGCCCACCUAUCUACUUUGGUAACCGGUCCAAGGUGUGGUGACAAGGACAGGCUUUUGUCUCGGGCCUUCUCAAACAUUCUCAGAUGCUAGAAGCUGGAAUUACCCAACACACAUUGGAUGAAGUGCAUCUGACUGCAACCUAAAGCCAUGUAUGUUGUGGAGUGUCGAAUGGAGCCUACAGUAAGUUCCUGCCAAGAAACUGCCACUGGUUAGCAUAUCUCCUGAACAGCUGACUUUAAUAUAUUACACUUGCAGAAACUGGAGCCCACUGACAAUGUGAACAUGCUUCAGGACUUUCUGGGAAAAAAAAAGAACUGCAGCAUUUAAGGUGAAAUGUAGCAAACAGAUAAAUGACCCAAAGCACAGUUUCUGUGACUGUUCUGAACUUAAAAAGCACAAAUCUGUAAUCAAGUGAUGAUGCUGUUGCAUGUGAGAAUGUGAAUGAUGCAGUUAAUUACAGCUCUUAUGUUCUAUUCACAUCUUAUUGAGCCACUUAUUGAUUGAUUUGUGGUUACAUGUCCAGUCAUUUCCACAAAGACAGCAAAUUCCACUUAAACUUUGUGUUAUUUGUUAAAAAUCAAUAGCUUAUGCAUCAGUAAGUACAGUAAUGGAGUUGGCACUUAAUGACUCUUUUAGGGUGUAAUUAUUUCUUUUAUAGGAAGAAUCUCAAGAAGCUGGCUCCUAAGUUCCGAAAUAAAUUAUAACACAAAUGAAACUGUCAACUAUAUCAAGAGCAUUUAUUAAACUGUUAUUAUUCUUUUA